ACACGCCACAGCGCGGCCGCGCCGCGAAGCACUCUAUCUGGGAUCGGUGCGCGCCGUGCGAGUGAAUGCCGUAAUCACGAUCGCUUGUCAAGCUCUCUUUCGAUCAACGUUUAUGGAUACCUUACUUUCGACGUCGUCGUCAGAGCAACCCUGCAAAAGGAAGUCUAAAGAGCAUUGCAGCGUACCGUACUGCACAUCUACAAGAUGGAAAAGUCAUGAGUUGUCAUUCCAUCGUUUCCCAAAAGUCAACGAGGCGAAGAGAAGGCAACUAUGGAUCCAGAAACUACGGAUGGGCAAGCCCGUAACGCCAACUAUGGUUGUAUGCUCGCGGCAUUUUCAGCCAGAUGACUACUUCUUCCCAGGAAUCUAUUGCGCUCGCCGUGUGCUCAAGAAAACAGCGGUGCCUAGCCGGAACUUACCUCAGUCCAGUACUUUUGAUGCUUCAAAGGCAGCAAGAUGCCAGCAGCGGGAUGAAGAGAGGCUUCGCAGGAGGCAGCACCGUUCAAAGAAAGCAAUAAGUGGUGCUGGAUCAUCUACCUCUGGCACACCUGUGAGCCCAAAUGAGAGGUACACAAAGCCAGACACACUGGAGGAGACACCCCGAGAAUAUCUCAAGUGUAAGAGUGAGGAACUUGUGGUGAACGUGUACACUGGAAACGAAGAAGAAGUGGCAGAAAUCCUGGCCAACAUGAACUCCACCCAGCGGAGCUACUGAAAAGACUAAUACAAGUUACCUCAGGUGACUUUGCAAGCAGCUUCGUUAAUCACCGACAACGUGAACCCACCAACUGGAUUUUCAUCACAUCUUCUUUACACACGUGAUAUACCAUGAGAGAAUUCUGAAUCUCUCAAGCAUACACUUGCAACGAAUGAGAGAAUAGCCUUGACAAUGAUGAAGUACAAGCACAAUCGGUGUACGACUUCCAUGAAAAACUUAUCUUGUUCUCUUGCCACAUGUACCAGACUAAUUUUGAACAAAACAGAAGUUCUGGUUAAAGUGUGUUCAACUGUCAUAGCUUUGUCUCCAGAAUAUCUGAUUCUUUAGAACAUGACCAUCCAUAUUAAAGUGUACCAAAAGGCAUGCUUGGUGGUGGAUUGCACAGAAGUUCCACCACAAGGACGUCCCUCCCUGUUUGUUUGUGCACAAAAAAAAACAGAAAUUCCCGUUUCAAAAUCGAAAUGCCUGCAAUGUGGUUUGCGGACUUACUCAUUUUAUUAAAGAGAAUAUUUCACAUGCCAAUUAAUGAUUAUAGUAACACUCGGUCCUGAUGGUGUAAUGGCAUUUUUAAGUAAAGCAUAUCAUGGGAAGUCAUGCCGCACUUGCGAGUGAAGCACAUGGUAGGUUACCAGACGCAGCUGUAUUUGAGAAAAGUGGAGACUUAGAUCUGUUCUAACUAAUGCUGGUGAUGGCUGAUGGUGACUAUUAGUGCAAAAAGCUUGUGAGAAUUGUUUAAUUAAGAUCAUCAGGCCACCAUACAAGAAAGGACAAAAAACAGUCUGGCAAAACAGGAGCACCAAGAACACAAAGCAUUGCAUUGGCAAGGACGUGUAGGGCCUGCCUUACAAUGUUUUUCAAUGUACUUACAACACAGAUACCCUGGAGCAUGCUCAACUUGUUGAACAAUGUGAUAGUAAAUGCAAUUUUUGCAGCUCGACCUUCUGUAAGGGCUAUUUUGUUGCUUGCUUCGGAGCUCUCCGUUUAUGAAGAACUUGCAUUUUUGCUUGCGUGCAAUCUCUAUCAAUGAAAGGUCAAGAGUUCAGGGGAAUACCUCAAAUAUCAUGGACUGGCCAAUUGCUUUGCUUCCCUGUCCAUCCUGUUGUAAGGCAGCUGCUUAGCUGCUUGCAUUCAUAAGGAAUGUGGUGGCUGGAACCUCCUUUCAAGGAGAGGUGAUGGAGAGAUAACACAACUAGUCUGGUUGAAUUGCAUGCUUCUUUCAAUGGAAAUGCUCAAGCAACUGCACGGUGUCACAAAGGUGGACAGGCGUAGCACAAAAGGAGGACAAGGUAGAGAAAGUGAUUUGCUGGCACAUGUCUUUUUUUAAGGCUCACUUGCCACAGCAUUCUUAGGUUGUCAUUGCAUAUGGAUGUUAACGAUUCCUUAGCAGUUGAAGUUUAGCGAGCUCUUCAAAUGCUUAUUAUUGUAACGUUGUAUCACAGUUACCAAUCAUUCUUUGUAACGUGAAUUUUUCUUGUUUUAGUCUCUUGUAUUGUCGGAACCAGGCAAUAAGUGUGUUCUUUAUCGGAAGGCUUUGAAAUAUUUUUUUAUUGAGACAGGUAGCACUGAAGAACAUAAUGAAAGAACCAUGCUGUGACAUCAAGCACAUAGGUGAAAACAGUGCAUUUUCUUCUGUAAACGUUUAUGUAUGUUGUUGUGCUGUCAUGCGCUAAUAAAAGGCCAAAUUCAGCCCAGA